AUGACGCCAUCUACGGUGUAUAAAAUUUACGAAAUUACGUUACAUAUCUUAGCAAUAAUUUACGUUAUAAUCACCGGAAUCGGUACCUUUCAAUUCAAACACGAUACACUUGUACUGAUGGCAAAUUUGGAUAAAACACUUGUCGCAUACAAUUUCGGACUGAAAAUAUUCUUCUUUGUCAUAAAAAGAUCACAGUUACAAAAAUUAAUUAACGAAAUUAAAUACUCCGGUGAUAAAGUGAGCGAAGAGAGAGUGAAGUUCAUGUCUGCACAUAUCAUUUUCAUAACUAUUCUGUCUACUAUAAUUGUGUCGAUAUUUUGUUUUUUGGCUCAAUAUCAUGGAGAAAUGACUGUUGAACUUUGGGUGCCGUUUGACCCCAUGGACAGUAAAAUUAAUUUAAUUUUAGCAAAUCAAAUAGCAGCUAUUACUUUUGUCGUACCACAUAUGUAUAGAGCUUUCGCUGUUCAAGGCAUUGUAUGCACCUUAAUCAUGUACCUUUGCGAUCAGUUGGAUGAAUUACAAGAAAGAAUACGCAGCUUGGUCCAUUCUACGGAUAAUGAGAGUGCUAUGAGAGUGGAGUUUACGCAAAUAAUUAAAAAGCAUGUACGGUUAAUGAGAUACUCAAAUACAUUGACGAACAUUUUCAAAGAAUUCUUUUUAAUACAGAACUUAGCUGUGACGAUAGAAUUGUGUCUGAACGCGUUAAUGGUUAUAGUUAGCGAAGGUGUAGCAUUAGCAGCGUAUCAGAGUGCAUGGACAUCAUGGCCUUCUGAUCUUCAGAGAGAUUUAUUAACAGUGAUUCGAGCUGCGCAGAAGCCUCUUAAAUUAAGCGCUGGAGGCAUGGCUACCAUGUGCAUACAAACAUAUAGUCAGGCGCUGUAUAACGCAUAUUCAAUUUUUGCAGUUCUCAACGAUGUUGUUGAAUAA